GCCGCGCGCGCGUGUGAGUGCGUGAAUGUGUGGAGGAAGAUGGCGGCGCUGAUCUUCCCGUCUGACUGGCUCAAAAACUGGGAAAAAUCCGGCAAAAAUGAGUUUUUACAGUUUUGUCAGGACAUUGCAGGGAACCCCAGUGUGCAUGAGUUUGUUAAAGAUCUCCAGACAGCUUUGUAUGAGCUCUGCUGGCAUGUGAUCCAGGGCAAUCUGAAGGUGGAUGUGGCUGCCAGUCUCCUGGCUGAUGUUAUGGAUCUGCGGGAUGAUCUGCCAUCUAUUUUAGCUGAUGUUUUCAGUAUAUUAGAUAUUGAGACAGGCUGCCUGGAAGAGAAACAUAAGCGUGAUCACUUUACCCAGCUGGUGGGAGCGUGUCUGUUCUGUAUUCCUGAUAGCGUGUUGAAGGAGAGGUUGGAUCCAGAAACACUGGAAUCUCUGGGUUUGAUCAAACAGGCACAGCAGUUUAACCAGAAGAUUGUCAAAAUUAAGACCAAACUAUUUUACAAACAGCAGAAGUUUAAUUUGUUGAGGGAGGAGAAUGAAGGUUACGCUAAGCUGAUCACUGAACUCGGUCAGGAUCUUUCCAGCAAUCUCACCAGUCUUCUCGUCCUUGAGAACAUCAAGUCUUUAAUAGGAUGUUUUAAUCUGGACCCGAACCGUGUGCUAGACAUCAUCUUAGAAGUGUACGAGUGUCGCUCUGACCAAGAUGAGUUCUUCAUCCCCCUCAUCAAAUCCUACAUGUGUGAACACCAGACCCUCUGCCACAUGCUUGGAUUCAAGUUCAAGUUCCAUCAGGAACCCAAUGGAGAAACGCCAUGUUCUCUGUACCACAUCGCUGCGGCUCUUCUUCAACACAACCUCAUCUCUCUUGAAGAUCUGUAUGUUCAUCUCCUCCCAGUGGACUCCAGCAUUGUGGAAGAGCACAAGAGAGAGAUCUUGGAGGCCAAACAGAUCGCCCGCAAACUCACCAUGGUGGUCGUCCCUUCUGAAAAGACAGAUGACAAGGAGAAAGAGAAGGAAAAGGAGGAUGAGAAGAACGAGAAGCCUCCUGAUAAUCAGAAGCUGGGGCUGCUGGAGGCUCUGCUGCGGAUCGGCGACUGGCAGCACGCUCAGAGCGUCAUGGAUCAGAUGCCAGCUUUCUAUGCCACCUCCCACAAGACCAUCGCCAUCGCUCUGUGCCAACUGCUGCACUACAGCGUGGAGCCGCUGUACCGCAGGGCUGGGGUUCCCAAAGGAGCCAAAGGCAGUUUGAUGACACCUCUGUGGAACAAACAGGCACUGCAGCCGGCCGAGACCUUCCAAGACUUAUCCAGAGACGUCUUCUCCAUGCUGUGCUACCUGGGUCCUCAUCUGUCCCAUGACCCCAUACUGUUUGCCAAGAUCAUUCGACUGGGCAAGAGUUUCAUGAAAGAGUACCAAAGUGAAAGCAAUCAGGACACCAAGGACAAAAUGGACUCUCUGCUGAGCUGUUUUCUCAGUAUUGCUGAUCAGGUGUUGUUGCCGUCUCUGUCGCUCAUGGAGUGCAAUGCCUGCAUGUCAGAGGAGAUCUGGGGCUUCUUCAAACUCUUCCCCUAUAACUACAGGUAUCGGCUGUAUGGACAGUGGAAGAAUGAGACUUACGGCACUCAUCCGCUCCUGGUGAAGAUCAAGGCUCAGACGGUGGACAGAGCAAAGUACAUCAUGAAGCGACUGACUAAGGAGAACGUGAAGCCCUCGGGAAGGCAGAUCGGGAAGUUAAGCCACAGUAACCCCACCAUUCUCUUUGAUUAUAUUCUGUCUCAGAUUCAGUGGUACGACAACCUGAUAACUCCAGUGGUGGACUCUCUGAAAUACCUCACGUCACUCAACUACGAUGUGCUGGCCUAUUGCAUUAUUGAAGCUUUAGCCAAUCCAGAGAAAGAGAAGAUGAAGCAUGAUGACACCACGAUUUCCUCGUGGCUCCAGAGUCUUGCUUGUCUUUGUGGAGCUGUGUUCCGGAAAUAUCCCAUUGAGUUAGCUGGUCUUCUGCAGUACGUGACCAACCAGCUGAAAGCCGGCAAGAGUUUUGACCUGCUGAUCCUGAAGGAGGUGGUACAGAAGAUGGCGGGCAUUGAGAUCACGGAUGAGAUGACUGUGGAGCAGCUGGAGGCUAUGACAGGAGGAGAACAGCUCAAAGCUGAGGGUGGUUACUUCGGGCAGAUCAGGAACACAAAGAAGUCUUCUCAGCGUCUGAAGGAUGCUCUUCUGGAUCAUGAGCUGGCUCUGCCUCUCUGUCUGCUGAUGGCCCAGCAGAGGAACGGUGUGGUCUUCUCGGAGGGUGGAGAGAAACACCUCAAACUCGUGGGCAAACUCUACGAUCAGGUACAUUAACUCUGUGCACACGCACAGUAUAAGACACG